AUGGGUCAACCACCGAACCUGCCAGGAUCUUUCGACAAUCGCGGUGAUGGAACACAAAACACCAACCUCGGCGAUGGGAGUCAGAACAACAACAACUCCAGUGGACAGCAGAAUAUCAUUAGCGUUGGAACAGGUUCUGUAACAGCGUAUUUUGCUAGCAACCACCAGGAUGAGCAAGGUCAAAACCAGGGAAAUAUAUAUGACAAGAUCAUCUGGUCGCUGGCAUUCCCCCAGAUGAGGGAUCGAAGAGACCACAUCGAGCGUUGGUACCGAAAUACCUGCCGGUGGAUUCUGGAGCGAGAAGAGUGUAGAUCCUGGCGAGAGCAGCCCCGUGGCCUGCUCUGGAUCGCGGGAAAACCGGGUUCGGGCAAAUCAACCCUGAUGGCCUUCUUGCACGAAGAGCUUUGCAAAUCGUCAGAUGCAAGUCAGGACCUUCGCCUGGAAUUCUUCUUUACCGCGCGGGGCACAGAGCUGCAGCGCACCCCCUUAGGAAUGCUUCGGUCGUUGCUGGUCCAGAUCUUGAAAUCAAAUGCGACAGUGUGCCAUGAGCUUCGACAGGCCUAUCUGGAAAGAUGCAGGGAUUUUGGUGAACGCGACUGGGAGUGGCCACAAGUGCUGCUGGAAAAGUUGCUUCAAGAUGCCAUUUGCAAAUUGGCUGCACUGCAGCAGGUCACGAUCUUCGUGGACGCCCUGGACGAGGCUGGCGAGGCAGAUGCGCGGAAACUGGUAAAUUAUUUCCAGGAGCUGAAUGACGCCGCGAAAAAGAGUCAAGCUAGGGCCAAGAUCUGUAUAUCAUGUCGGCACUAUCCAAGUGUGGCCCCGUUCGGUGUUGCAGAGAUCGUGGUGGACCAACAUAACCAUGAGGAUAUCGCGACAUACAUCAAGAGUCAUCUGCCCAGUGAUAUCUUGGUAACGGACGGUCGACACCACGAGGGGUGGAAAGAUUUGACGAAUCAAUUGAUCGAUCAAGCAAACGGAGUGUUUCAAUGGGCCCAUAUCGUGAUGCCUCUGAUCAGGGGUCAGAUUGAUGAUGGGAGAUCGUCCAAGGAUAUCCGUCGUUGGUUGCGCAAUGUACCUGCCGAUUUGGAAUCUGUGUAUCAGUACGUACUGGAACAUGUGAUCAAGCCCGAGAACCGAGUGCAGUCCUUGCAGUUUUUCCAGUGGGUAGGCUUGGCAGAGCGACCCCUCACGGUGACAGAAAUGCGAUAUGCCAUGGCGGCAUACUAUGUGGAUGCCACUCGAUCAUAUGUCCAUUGGCAGGAAGUCGACGAGUUUGUCACAACCGACAAGAGCAUGCGGCGAUUGAUCAAAGCUCUCUCCGGCGGACUCGCAGAGGUGGUCAAAGGCCACGGAAGUGGCGACGUGGUGCAGGUCGUGCACCAGACGGUCAAUGAAUUCUUACGGACGACAGGACUAGCCUUAUUGUCAAGAGUGGCUAAUCCUGUGAUACCAUCCAUCGAGAACGGCACGAUCAUUCUUCAAUCUCAGGCAAUGCUUUACCAAUCUUGUUUAUUCUGUCUAGCGACAGCAGAGAUGCCACUUGCAAAUCUGCAAAAUACGCGAGAGAUGAAGGAGGCGAUGCUUUCCAAGAACGGAUCAUUCCUCAUUUACGCGAGCAAGAAUCUCUUAAUUCAUGCAGAAAAAGCUGCUAAUUUUCGUUCCUUUGCACUGGAACAGGAAGUUCAAAUAUUGGAAAGAAUGGUUGGCAGAUGGGUCAAGCUCUAUCAACUUUUUGAUCCCUGGGGGUUAGCAUGCCCACAAGAUGGGACUACGAUAUUACAUAUGGCAGCAGCUGCCAAUAUGACUGAUGUUGUAGCCUUUGCAGCGUCCAACAAUGGCAACGUCACCGCGGUGGAUGUGAAAGGGAAUACUCCCUUCCACCUAGCGGCAUGGUGUGGCCACAUCAAGGUUGCGAAGAUAUUUCUGGAGAUGGGAGCAAAGCUGGACACGACAUGCAGAGGAGGUGAAACGGCACUGGUCAAUGCAGCCUCCCGUGGGCAUGUGGAGUUUGUGAAUUGGCUCUUAGAGGAGGGAGCAGCUAUUGACACGACAAAAGGCUCGUCUGGAGGCGCGCUGCAAGCUGCCUCGUUGGGAGGCAAAAGAAAUAUAGUGAGAAUAUUGCUAGACGCCAAAGCCGAUGUAAACGCCCAGGGUGGUCAAUACGGCACUGCCCUACAGGCCGCUGCUGCUACUUUAUAUCAAGACAGCGCGGAGGUAGUAAAGAUACUACUUAAUGCUGGGGCCGAUAUCAACGCCCAGGGUGGUCAAUACGGCACUGCCCUACAGGCUGCUUCACACAAAGCCAGCGCGGAGGUAGUAAAGAUACUACUUAAUGCUGGGGCCGAUAUCAACGCCCAGGGUGGUCAAUACGGCACUGCCCUACAGGCUGCUGCUAUCUCAUAUCAAGAUAGCGCGGAGAUAGUAAAGAUACUACUUGAUGCCGGGGCCGAUAUCAACGCCCAGGGUGGUCAAUACGGUACUGCCCUACAGGCUGCUUCAUACAGAGGCAGUGCGGAGGUAGUAAAGAUACUACUUGAUGCCGGGGCCGAUAUCAACGCCCAGGGUGGUCAAUACGGUACUGCCCUACAGGCUGCUUCGCGCAGAGGUAGCGUAGAGGUAGUAAAGAUACUACUUGAUGCCGGAGCCGACGUCAACUCUCAGGGUGGUCAAUACGGCACUGCCCUACAGGCUGCUGCUAUCUCAUAUCAAGAUAGCGCGGAGGUAGUAAAGAUACUACUUGAUGCAGGGGCCGAUAUCAACGCCCAGGGUGGUCACUACGGUACUGCCCUACAGGCUGCUUCAUCAGAAGGCAGUGCGGAGGUAGUAAAAAUACUACUUGAUGCCGGGGCCGAUAUCAACGCCCAGGGUGGUCAAUACGGCACUGCCCUACAGGCUGCUUCAUACAGAGGCAGUGCGGAGGUAGUAAAGAUACUACUUGAUGCCGGGGCCGAUAUCAACGCCCGGGGUGGUCAAUACGGCACUGCCCUACAGGCUGCUGCUAUCUCAUAUCAAGAUAGCGCGGAGAUAGUAAAGAUACUACUUGAUGCCGGGGCCGAUAUCAACGCCCAGGGUGGUCAAUACGGUACUGCCCUACAGGCUGCUUCAUACAGAGGCAGUGCGGAGGUAGUAAAGAUACUACUUGAUGCCGGGGCCGAUAUCAACGCCCAGGGUGGUCACUACGGUACUGCCCUACAGGCUGCUUCAUCAGAAGGCAGUGCGGAGGUAGUAAAAAUACUACUUGAUGCCGGGGCCGAUAUCAACGCCCAGGGUGGUCAAUACGGCACUGCCCUACAGGCUGCUUCAUCAGAAGGCAGUGCGGAGGUAGUAAAAAUACUACUUGAUGCCGGGGCCGAUAUCAACGCCCAGGGUGGUCAAUACGGCACUGCCCUACAGGCUGCUUCGUGCAGAGGUAGCGUAGAGGUAGUAAAGAUACUACUUGAUGCCGGAGCCGACGUCAACUCUCAGGGUGGUCAAUACGGCACUGCCCUACAAGCUGCUGCUGUUUCAUAUCAAGACAGCGCGGAGGUAGUAAAGAUACUACUCGAUGCCGGGGCCAAUUUCAACGCCCAAGGUGGUAUUUAUGGCAAUGCCCUGCUUGCUGCCGUCCAUAAGGGUGUUGCCUUUCAAAUUCCGAUCCUUCUCCAAGCAGGCGCAGAUCCCAGCCUUCUCGACAACCUCCAUCGCUCUCCUAUUCAUAUAGCUGCCUCGAAAGGCCUGCUACAUAUACUUCGGCAGUUCCCUGCCCUUUUGUGUGCCAUCAAUGCCCAGGAUAUAUUUUCACGAACCCCGCUCCACCUUGCAGUCCUUCAUGAUCAUGAAGAUUUCGCCCUUGCUCUUCUCGAGCUGAAUGCUGAUGCACUCCUCCGAGAUGGAUACGGCAGAAACAUUCUGGACUAUGCAACAGAUCGUCCUCGUCUGGUCGCCCGACUUCACGAUUUAUUCCCGGGAAUCAUGCAAACUGAUCAACUGCAGCAACGCGCGAUGGUCCGACAAUCGAUUCUUCAAAUAUCAAACACAAUGCUCUUCUCUAUUCCUGAUCCUGCGAGGCCGUUUCUGCCCCUUCAACACCAGCUUGGCCACUACCUGUUAUAUUUGGAUGAUGCAGACAAUGCUCAUUCUGUAUUGAGUUUGAACUUGGACUACGAAAACCUUCAAAUUGGUGUCAACCAAGACCUGAUCUGCGAUAUAUGUUCCGGAAGUAUUCGUGGAAUGCGUAUCAUUUGCCGACUCUGCCUCGGUCUAAAUUUCUGUCAGUUUUGCAGCCGCGAAUAUCCCACCCAUGGCCGAUGGAACCCUCACCAAGUGCAUGACAUCCUUGAAGUGUCAUACGAGCAGCCACCUGACUUCGAUCAUGCUAUGGAGCGCUUAAAGGAUCUCUUGCAGCAUAUCGCUCGUCAGUAUGGCGGCAUAUCGGAGCUGCCGCCGAACACCCAACCUGACUUUCCCACUCCUCGUGGCCCCCAUCCUUUGGCUACCCCUCUGGUUUUUGGCCUAUUGGCGACUUCAUUAUGUACUUGGCACCUUCUUCGCCGCAAUUGA